UGUGGCUCCUUCAAGCAUCCACGCUGCAUGCAACCCGGGGAUUUAAAGUAGUAUUAGACAAGUCACACAAUCCGCUGGUAUGGAUUUGACGCGCAGACGUCGUUAGGAGUGCGCAGGCGCGCCACCACGUCUCCUCCUUCUACCUGAGGGGAGCGCACCUUGAUCCAACGAGACGGAAGUUUUGUGAGGAAAGAACACGGCGGAAUCUGUUUUCUGUCUCCACACGCAAAGUUCGCGUGUAGUUCAGGCGACAAACGAGAGAAGCUCGAGUCAAAGCAGGGAUGCCAUGUGUUCAACACUAAAGGGAGAUUUUUAAGAGACCUUUCAACUAUAACCUGUGUGGUUCAGCGACUCAUGCUGAAUCUCAAUCCCAAGGCCGCCUGCUCUCCAUUAAGGAAUGACAGCUCUCCGCAGACUGCUCCGGAGGCGACUGCACCCACUUAAACUGGUGGUCGUGGCCCUCGUCUUUGUCACGUUUGUCUUCUUCAUACAAUGGGAAGUGGGGAGCCCGAGCCAGCAAGAGGAGCCCUGGCUGAAGGAAAUGGCAGUGAAGCGGGACUCCAUGCUGGGCAUGGUGAUGGGAGCUGUCAAUAACUUCAAGGACGUCAUGCCAAAGAUGCAGAUCAGAGCCCCCGUGCGUCAGCAGGACACGGCCGACACCGCGUCCUGUCUGCCAGGUCACUACACCGCCGCUGAGCUCAGGCCAGCCCUGGAGCGGCCACCUCAGCACCCUCUUGCUCCCGGAGCUUCGGGGAAACCUUUCCACACGGAGUCGCUGAGCCCAGAGGAGCAGAAGGAGAAGGAGCGGGGAGAAGAGAAGCACUGCUUUAACCUGUUCGCCAGUGACCGCAUCUCCUUAAGCAGAGACCUGGGUGCAGACACAAGACCACCAGAAUGUAUCGAGCAAACCUUCAAGCGGUGCCCCCCCCUGCCGACCACGAGUGUGAUAAUUGUGUUUCACAAUGAGGCUUGGAGCACCCUGCUGAGGACGGUGUACAGUGUCCUCCACACCUCCCCGGCCAUUCUCCUCAAGGAGAUCAUCCUGGUGGACGACGCCAGCGUGGAUGAUGCGCUGAAGGACGAGCUGGACGAGUAUUUGAAGCAGCUGAGCAUCGUGCAAGUCGUCCGCCAGCGAGAGAGGAAAGGACUCAUCACUGCACGGCUGCUCGGUGCCUCCGUGGCCACUGGUGACACGCUCACCUUUCUGGACGCCCACUGUGAAUGCUUUAAUGGGUGGCUGGAGCCUCUGCUUGCAAGGAUUGCGGAGAACUACACGGCGGUCGUCAGCCCUGACAUCACAACUAUCGAUCUGAAUACCUUUGAGUUCAUGAAGCCGUCCCCAUAUGGCCAGAACCACAACCGGGGUAAUUUUGACUGGGGCCUGGCAUUUGGCUGGGAGAGUCUUCCAGAUCAUGAGAGACGGAGGAGGAAAGAUGAAACAUACCCGAUCAAGACUCCCACAUUUGCUGGCGGACUCUUCUCCAUCUCAAAGGAAUAUUUCUACCAUAUUGGAAGCUACGAUGAAGAAAUGGAAAUCUGGGGUGGGGAGAAUAUUGAAAUGUCCUUCAGGGUGUGGCAGUGUGGAGGACAGCUGGAGAUCAUCCCUUGCUCCAUUGUCGGUCAUGUUUUCCGCACCAAGAGCCCUCACACCUUCCCCAAGGGAACACAAGUGAUUGCUCGGAACCAGGUACGACUGGCCGAGGUGUGGAUGGAUGACUACAAGGAGAUCUUCUACCGGCGACACCAGCAAGCUGCGCAGAUCGCAAGCGAUAGGACAUUUGGAGAUACCUCCAAACGCAUGGAGCUCCGGACACGGCUGCAGUGCAAAGACUUCUCCUGGUAUUUGAAGAACGUUUACCCAGAGGCCUUCAUCCCCGAUCUCAACCCACUUCGCUUUGGCUCUUUGAAAAAUGUGGGCAAAGACGCAUGUCUGGACGCCGGAGAGAACAAUGAGGGGGGGAAAGAGCUGAUCAUGUACCCAUGUCACGGACAAGGAGGAAACCAGUAUUUCGAGUACUCCACGCAUCGAGAGGUUAGACACAACAUCCAGAAGGAGCUGUGUUUGCAUGGGGGUGUGGUGGCGGUGAAGCUGGAAGAAUGCCACUUAAAGGGCAGGAAAACGGUCGUAGGACCAGAGCAAAAAUGGGAACUGAAGGAUAACCAGUUAUUCUACAUUCCAGGACUGAAUAUGUGUCUGAGUGCCCGUCUUAUGCAUCCCUCUCUCGCCGUGUGUAAUCCCUCAGACAGAUACCAGCUCUGGUCGUUUGUCUGACUGUGGAAAACGACCACUUUACCAGUAGCUUAUUUGUAUGCAUAAGCAUACUAGGUCACUGAGUACACCGUAAUGUAUGCAGCUCAUUUUUUUUUAGAUCAAUAACAAGGAGUUUUAAUUUAUUUUUUAUAUGUAGAAGAACUGAACUACUGCUGCUGCUGCUGCUGGAACUUUGGAACAAAUGCAGUGUUUCACUGUUGGAAGGAAGCAUUUAAACGAUGCCCCACGUAGACUGAACUGAGCUUCAUAGAGCAGUUAAGAUGCACUGUGUUGAAAAAGUUCCUCUUUUGUGUUCGAGAACACACACACACACGCAAACACACAGUAUUAGGUACAGUAAAUAAAGCCAACGAUGUUACGCCAAUCAAAAACAAAAUAAUAAUCUGGAUGAAAAUCAUAUAUUAAAGGUCCCAAAGAUCCCAGAUGUUUCACACCGAUGUGACGUCAACGGCUACAAACCACAGGUUAUGGUGUGCGUGUGAUGUCCUUUUAUAAGACAUUUUUGUUUGUUUUGUUUUUGAGAUGAGAGACUGUUUUUGUUUGUUAAGGUCCUGAACCUUGAAUGUAAUAUUAUUCCAGGUGGAAAGAGUGGUUUGUGGGGGGGAACGGUGGUGGAACAGGUGGUGGUAUGGUGGCGUUUUAGCAAUUUUCUUGACGGCGACAGUGCUGUGAUUGAAAGAGUCUUCAAAUCAGGGUUGAAUUUGGUACAUUUCAUUAUUUCCUGAGGUCAAUUUUUUUUUUAUUUUAACUCUUUAAGUCCUGAAAACUGAGAGAAAGGAACAGUCAUUUGGAUUUUUAUGACAGAAUUAAAACGAGUUGACCCUUAAAUAUGAGUUGCAGUCAGUUCACACACCAGAGCUUCAAGUUACUCAAGUUACUGCAGACAUGCAUCUCUCAUACAUGCAGUAAAUCAUUUUAAUGCUUUUGUGUUAAAGGAAACUUCCAUUGUGAAAUGAAUGCCCUCAACUCCUAAGCUCCUAUGUGUGAACAAGAAUCCACAGAUGAAUUUCUGGUGCAGGCACUGGUGUUAAAAAUGGAUCUGGAAUAUUGUAAAUUAAUUUGUUUGACUGGUUGAGGAAAAGGUCAUAUGUGUGAGUGUUUUCCUAAAAAUGGAAACGUGGUGCUCUGUAAAUGUGCCUUGGUAUUAAGAGGUUAUUUUGAGCUCAAUAAAUUCUGUUGGUUAGAGA